UAAGACACUCAUUGAUGAGUAUCAAUUAUGUACAGUACUUCCCACUUGUAUUUGUAUCCAUACCAAGGCUCUCCACUAUAAAUAGAGGCCUAAUCCCUGCAUUGUAAUCACCAUUAAGAAUAAGAAGAAGAGUGAAGAGUUAAUAGAGAGAAGAAAUCAGAAGACUUUUCCCAUCGGCUGGAUACACACAAGAUAUUUUUCGCUGUCUAAAACCAAAUUUAUUCGCUGUGUAAACUUAGUUGUUUAGAAAGCAGAUAAUUAUCAAAUGUCUAAAGUCACUAUUUAUUUUAAAAAAAUUAAUAUUAUUUUAGACUAGCUACUACAAAAUACAAUAAUAUAUGCACAUACAUUUUUAUUAAGCUAUUGCAAUUUUAAACAAUAUACAUACAAACAAUAUAUUUUAUUACAUGAAAAAAACAAACAUAAAUAUUACUCCGUACAAAUUACAACCCAUUACACACAAACUAAAACCUAUCAUGUAUGUGGAUCAAGGUGUAGAACCAAGAGUAUUGUAUAAAUUUACAAAAUAACUACAUAGCUGCAACACAGACUUCAUAUAGCGAAUAAAAGAGUCUCCAUUUCAGCAAUCCACCAAGAUGCUCAAAAUCAUCUGCCCAUCCACUUGAAACAUCUUCACUAUCAAGAAGUAGAAGAAAACAUAGAUAUAAAAGUUAUUUUCAUGAAUUCACUUUUACAGAAUGUACUUUCCACUAAAAUACUAUAAAAUACCAUGAGGUCUCAGUUUUUAGUGGUAGUUUUAUCCUAACUGAACAACUUCUACUUAAGUAAGUGGAAUUUGUGACAAACCCUGUAACCUUUGAUUAAAGAGUGUGGAGCCCAUAUUUCUCCUUUUCCAAAUGGACCUUAAGAUGAAAAAAACAAAAUAUCUCAAUGUACAUCCGAAGGGGUUGGUUUCAUGCUCUUAAUUUUAAAAUAACUAGAGCAACCUGCUUAUAUUUGGAAAAAAUUAAUAUCGUUACCUUGUAAUAUGCAUACACUAGAAAAUCAAAGAUAAUGUUAGUUUUUUCCACAGAAGAAUACAUUGCACCUUUCUAGUAGGGAAACAAACUUUCUCAAGACCACUUGCAAAUCACCUUUAAAUUCUAAAUAAAAGAACCUCUUAUCAAACAAUGAUAUAUAUCAUGUAAAAGCAACGUAAAUGAUAACAAAAUUGAAAAAAUUGCACCUUUGAGAGUAUAUCACAAACUUGACAAUAGCUUCCUUAGUCAAAUUGUACUCGUAUAUGACAAUAUGAAGGGUUAGGAUUCACCGGUACAGUCUAGAAAAAAGAAACACAAAAAAUAUUUAAGAACAUAAUUACAAGUUUCAUAAAACGUUACAACUUUAGAUGGAUAGAACUUCUUACACAGAUGAAGGAAAAAUCACGUCUACUUAUUCAUGUUUAAACACAUUCAGAUUCUUGCACCUGUGAAACUCACACAUACUACCUUCUCAUAAUGUGAAAAUAAUUUUCAAUUGUCUCCCUCCAUUAUUUAUUAUUUUCUGAAACUUCAUGGGAUUGAAAGAGUAUCAAGGUAAUAUAUUUAUCAACAUCAAGCCAAAACAUCUAAGGUAAGGAUAAUUUGACUUUUCAGUAUGCUUGUGAUGCCAUAUCCAGGAAAUCAUAUGACAAUUUACCUUCUUGGUUUUCAUAAUACCAAAUACUAAACAAUAUGAAAAUUUAUAGCCACAUGGCCUAAAAUUGAAUAGUAGGGCUUUGGAACAAGAUCAUGGCACUUAGACAAUGCACAAGUUGAACCAAUGUACCAAACCAGCAAACCUUGAUGAAAGACAAAACAAAGAACAAGAGCAGGGCACAAGGAUCUUGUAACCAAAAUUUUUAUGGCAUGGGAUAUGACUCGGAAUAAAACACCAUUUAUACGUCAGAAUAAAUUAGAAUAUAAUCAUCAAACUGUCGAGAGGUGUAUAAUAUUUGAUGAAAAAAUAAAGAUACAAAAUAAAAAUCUCACCCCUGGAGCUACGAGAUAGAAACACCAUGUAUUCUCAUUAUUCUUUUUUUAUGUCCCACUACAGUUGCCAAACAAUUCCAACCAAACUUGAAGAAUUACAGUAGCAAAAACAGCGCUCUAUAAAACACGGGCAAAGAAAUAAAAAGUAUAGCAUCCAAAGAUUUUUGGGGGAUCGGCACUUGUUUUUUGAAUCACGAAUCCAAUUCUAUGCCAUUAAAGACACAUAAAACCCGACCAAUAUACCAAAAAAUUAGAGCAAAAUCCAACCAAUUACCUGGUUAAUCGAAGGUGAUAAUCCUCAAUAUGAACAGUGAAUAUCACGAAUAGAUUUCUCCAGAUUCAGACAAAUAUUGACCUUCCACGGUAAAAAGUGCUCAGGUUCUUGAUAAUCUGCAAUAGGAGACUCCAAAACAUCAAGGAAUUUCAAGGAAAAGCAACAAAUUUGAAGGAAAUGGCGAUCUAGGGGUUUGUGGAAAUAAUGUUGCGUGAACCAACUUCCGACUACGCUCCUCCAGAGAGAGAAAAUAUUGGCCCCUUAUCUUGAUUUUAGGAGUACAAGGCGGACUUCUAAAUGUCUGGUGGGAAAAGUUACCUGUGACGGCUAAGUCAUUUGGGAUGAGAAAGCUUACCAAAAACCAGAGGAUCAAUCCAUUUCUUCAUUUCGAAGAUGAACCAGACAAAGGAGGAAUUGGAAGUUUAAUUGAUCCAUGUUACAAGUGCAACAGUAAUGAAUAUUCACUUGAUAUGGAAAUAUGUUGGAAAUGCUUAAGUGUCUCUGGUCAUAUGCGCUGCUUGCAAAUUGGCUUUGAUGUACUACGUUUGACGACCAACAUGCGUUUGCAACACAUGGCCCAAGAUAACAAUUUUGAGGCAAUGUCAGAAUUUGCCAAGUGGAUUGCAAGUAUCGGCGAUGGACUGGCUCGGGAGGAAAAUGAUGGGGUUGGUGAGGGAGUGGGGGAGUUACGAGACUUAAGCACUUCGUCCGUUUCGCCUCUGUUCUCCGUUCGUCUGACAGGGAGAGCCAGCAGCCGCAGCAACUGUCGAGAACCUUCGCCGCUGUCGUCGCCGUCGACGCUAGGGAUUCUGACCGACGUCCUCGCCUCAUCCCUCCGUCACGCGCAGCAGGCCGGCAAAACCAGGGAAGAGUUGCAGCGGCGAAUUCACUCCGAUUCAAGUUCAAUUCGUCGUUUUUCGAGGUAGGAACACCGAAUUUGAUGGGCAACCCGGAGGGCAGUGAAGUGGUGGUGGCGUGGAUGGCUCUUGUUUACUUUAGUAAUAAAACUACAUUAUUUUAUUUGCUUAUAUGGAUUGUUGGACGUUACUUUGGUUUAAUUAUGCUUCCGCGACUUUUGGACUUGUUUUAUUACUCCGAUAAAUUUUGGUUUAGCUU